AUGAUCAGGAUAUCGUUCUUGCUGAUAAUCGUUGCUCUCUGCGUUGUGAAUGCCAUAGUUCUAUUGGAUCACCCGAUCGCUGAUCAAGCUCCACCUUCAUUGCCCCAAGUCAACUCUUCUACACCACAUUGCCUUGGCUGUGAUGCAUCAACAGCAAAAGCUCUCUACGGACGCGAUCUAGAACGACGCUCGGGUCACAUCGAACCAACACCAGACACAUCCUACGACGUUAACGGACGCGGCACAGUCCGUGUCCUAGUCCCUAGAGAUCGAUACGAAGCUCCCAAUUCCGCUACUUUGUUACGAACACAGCAGGCAUGGGCUCAAGCCUCAGGACUCUCUAUUCAAUGGGUGCCCAUGGCUUCAGGAACAACAUAUCAAGAUUAUUUGACUGUGGUGCUCGAAAUGUGUAAUCAGACUGUUGCAUCGUUUACCAGAAGCAGCUCGGUACAGACGUCGGAUUACGCACCCAUUGAUCUGGUUUGGAUUGAUGCUGCCAGUGGUGGUAUACUCAGUGACUGCUUGAUUGAUAUGUGGGGGUGGGACUCGACUCUUGGUGGUGGUCACAAUUCAGUCAUUUUGAAUGGUGGUGUUGUUCCUGCUGUGAACAAUCGUACCAAGCGAUUAGUGAGCUUGCCUGCUGAAGCUGACUUUGGACUGAUGUACUACAACUUGGACAUUCUCAACCGUUAUGGAUUCUCCGAACCUCCCAAAGACCUUGCAGAGUUUGAAACUCAAUUGACUACCAUCAUACAAGCAGAGCAUUCUCUUGAAAACUAUGGAUUGUGUGGUAUUACCUCAGAGUACUCAGCAACGGAAGGAUUGACAGUAAACGCAAUCGAAUGGAUUAGACUCGGCGGUGGCUCCAUCCUGUCCUCUUCCCUAAACAACGUAACUGUCGCCACAACGGCAUCAGCCCAAAUCCUCGUUCGAGUCGCUUCGUGGGUCACAUCCAAUCUCAUCGAUCCCCGAGAUUUGUCAUCAACAUCAGAUGCAGACGCCGUGAAUCGUUUCUUGGAUGGCAAAGCCGUGUUUUUACGAUCUUGGACGGGUGUUAUUAGAUCCUUACGUGCUUCGUCUUCAUUCAAUUGGGGUGUUAUGCCGAUGAUUCCAUUGGAGAAUAGUGGCGGAGUUAAUCCUAGUGUGGUUGGUGGAUGGUGGCUCGGUGUUUCAAGAGCUGCCGCAAACCCUGCUGCUGCUAUUCGAGUUGUGAAGUAUCUUACCUCGUUGGGAUACCAGAGGAUGAACACUAUCAACGGUGGUGCUAAUUGGAUGAUUCCUACGUAUCCCUCCCUUAUGAAUGGUAAGAUUUGUGGUCGUUGGACAUUCGUCUCCAUGAUUGAUCCUCAGUUUUUGUCCUCGCCUAACAUAACCUCAACCAUACCAUCAGAUGUAUCCGUGGUCAACACAAUCGGCUCAGACGUCGCCAACCUCGUCCAAAACGUCAACAUCACUCUCCGCCCAGCACUCGCAACCUCAAACCUCUAUGCAGCCUUAUCAUACCAAGUCUCAACAACCGUAAACAGCGUCCUACUUGGUCAAAUCUGGGUCGUGGACGCUCUCGGAACUCUAGACACAAGUCUUCGAGUCCUACUAGGCCAAUCCUUACUCAAUGCACCCAACAUUACCAACAUUGAUUCAAGUCUCAAUAACGGAACUACCACUGGACGUGGUCACGCGUCGCCGUCAUGGCUCAAGACUCAGCUUGGUGGACUGCUGCUUGUGGUUGCGCUUACGUGUGCCGGUGCUGCGCUCUAUAAGAGGAAGAUGAUGCUGCAGAGAAAGAGAAAGAGUGAUGGGUUUACAGAGCUAAAGGAGGAAACUGAGGGACCAAAGAAUGUGGAGGUGGCUGGGAUUGUGGAGAUGGUCAAUGUUGAGAGGACACAGAAGCAAACACUUGUGUAG